UUUUUUUUUGUUUUUGCCGAGCUGUUGUGCAGUAUCCCCUCGUGCUUGCUUCAUUUUUUUCUUUGACUACACAACCCCAGGCAUACAUGCUUCCUAUCGCGUCUCCUCUCUUUGCCCUCAGACGCUCCUCUUUUCAACUUCUCCUUUAUUGCCCUUGAACCAUUUGGUUUGUUACCUAUCCCUUUCCUUCUCCCUAUACAACCAGUAACACAGCUUACCAUGGCAACGUUCCGCUCACUCACCCCGCCAAUGGGAUCCCACCAGAGCCGCCAAGCACCAAAUACAAUGUCCAUUGAGCUUGAGCUCGACCUUCCUCAAGACCAUUUCCUUCCCGCAGAAGAUAUCCAAGCCCAAGUAUGGACCAACGUUAUCCACCGACACAAUCCAGACGGCCCGGAAGUCUGGUCCGAGAUCCCAAUGAAGCUAUCGCAUGUGAUACCAGGUCAGAGUAUAGCAGUCUUUGCGACCAGGCUCCAGCCAACGGGCCGGGGAGACUUUGGACUAACCGCACGGUGGAAGUCGCACAAAGAUAUGACUAAAUGGCAGUGGGCGCCUACGGCCACCGAAGAAACCGAUGAUGCGGCAGUCGAACGACAGCGAGGAGUGAUGGCAGACAACAAAGUAACCAAAGAUGUUUCUAUAGCCGUGCGUGUGCCGAGAAAUAUUUCGGGCACAAGCUCUUGGACGAUGGGUCCACAGUCGGUCAUGGUCUUUGGUCAAGAUGGUCCUCGCGUGGAUGGUGCCGGCGUCGGAGGGCCUGGGCUGUAUCUGGGUAAUCACGCUGCGGCAACCCGAGCCCGAAUCUCGGGGUACGAGGCUGUGCUGUCAUUGGUGGGGGACUUGCUCGACUUUGAUGAGAAGAUACCCGAGAGUGAUAAGGAGCUGAACAAGGCGGCAUGGCAGGAGCAAGCCACGGCUAGCAACAGCAGCUCGUAUCCAAAACGUUUCUCUUCCAUUUCAAGAAGGUCCUCGUCCAUUGCGUCGCUGGGAGUGUCUCUAGCGGACCUGGCAAGAGACGACUCGUCAGUCAAUGGAUACACCAAGGGUUUGUCAAGAAGGUCUUCCGUGGCCGAUUUUAUGCUGAACUAUGAACCGGGCAAUGCGUCGGCCCCGAACGAGAUCUUUGCUGCGGUUGUCGACGAGCCCGUGGAUCCACCACGACUGGUAAGAAAGAGUUCCGUCACGGAUAUGAUGGUUCAGGCACCACCAUCAUCCUCAAAACGGUGCAUGAAUCGGUCCUCAGGCUUGGUCGGAUCAUCUGCAUCCUUGAGCGAGUUCGAACAGGAGAGCGGCGAGCAAGACGCGGCGACAACAGCUGCUCCGAAUACAGGAUCCAAGGCCAGCCAUGUCUCGAACGAGGAUAAGAUCUCUAUCUUCCAAAGCAAGAAGGAGCCCAGCCCAACUGCGGCUACUUCAGAUGCCGCCGCUGAGCAUUCACCAGCGUCAACAUCGAUCGCUACACCGCCAGCUUCCGGCAACAGCACUAAAGGUACCGGCAAAAAGAAAAAAGGAAAGAAGGAGGCCUCGACGAUAGGCUCAGAUACUGCCGGCGCCGCAGCUACUGCCUUGCCUCCAGUCCCGACUGGACAGUCCACGAAGACAGAUUCCACAGCUUCGAAUAACGCGAGUGGUACCGCAAAUGAUGCCACCAGUGGUAUAAAUGAUGAGACGACCGAGAACAAAGACACUGCCGCCACCUCAAACGCACAAGCGCCCGAUUCGUCCAGCAGUAUUGAUAGCAGCGAUCCGCCUUCGAGCGCCAAGGUUGUCUCUAGUCUCAGCCGCCAAUUCGGAGGUAGUCAGCAGAAUGUGUCGUAUCUAUCGUCGUCCUCUUCCAGUCAAGCGCUCUCGUCCUUGCAUCACUCUUCUGAUCCGGUCGCUCCAGGAGCUCAGUCACCAACAAGUCCAGCAGAUGAUGACAGCAAAAAGCACCCAUCUAACCAACUGAAUCAACAUCAGCAAGUUCUGCUGCCCAAACAGCCGUUCCAACACAAAGUCAUCUCUAUCGCCCCCGGCGCCCACAACGUCAUUUCUGACGCAAUCUUAAAAGAGGCUGUUGAUUUUUUGAGGACCCAGAUCGCUCUGGGCAAAAAGGUUCUGGUCCAUUGUAGGGACGGCAACGGACGGAGCGGUAGCGUCGCGGUCGCAUAUAUCGCCGCGCAGCUGGAAAGGACCGCUAAGCGAGGUGGACGCAGGAGCGAUUCUUUGAAGGCAGAGGGAGCAUAUUAUGACGAGGCGCUGCGUGAGAUUUGGAAGUGGAAGUGCGACGUGUAUCCGCACAAGGGAUUGAAGCAAAGCGUCGCGAGGAUCGUAUGGUGAUCAACAGCAGACUCCUCCAAGCAUUUACAAAAAUUACAAAGAAAUAAACUACUCUUUGCUCAUGAGAUAUUUAGCGGUAUUUAGAGCCGUCCCUGGAAUCCAUAUAUAAGCCAGGAGCUGUCCCAAGUGUACUGUACAUGCAC